CUCUCUCUCUCUCUCUCUCCUCUUCAAUCUCUGCAAUUUCCAUUCUAGUCUUUGUCUUAAAGGAGACGGAAACUCACACUCUCUUCUCUCUCUCUACACUGCGGCACUCGAAGAGAGAGAGAGAGAGAGAGAGAAGCUCUGAUGAAGCAAGCGAUGCUCUCUCUGCUUUUUGUCCGCCCAGCCAUGUGAGCUCCACUGACACAUUCUCUCCCUUUUUCCAUUUCCUUCCUCUUCGUCCUCUUCUUCUCUGUUUCUGCUUCUGCGAGCUGUCUGAGCUUAGCCUUCGCGCCGCAUUACCUGUUUCCGGGUUGCUGACUCGUUCAGCCCGGUCAGUCGAGUGAGUUGACUCGUCGCUCCAUGGCAUCGUCCUCCCGGGCGCGGAGCAGCUCUCCCUUCUCCCACCGCAAGUCCCACAGCCCCUACUCCUCCACUUCCUCUACCUCGUCCUUCUCCAACCAGCGCCUCCUGCCCCGCUCCUGCUCCUCCUCCGCGACCUCCUUCUACAACUCCGGCGGCGGCGGCGGGUUCGGGUCUCGAUCCAUGACUCCUAGCCGCUCUCGAUCCGAUUCGGCGUUCUACGGUGCUAGCGGUUACGGUGGGCCCUCACCCGUGGGGUUCGCUUCUGACGAGCUUCUUGCCGAGCCCAUGGACGCGCCUCGGUCGGCUGAUAGCAUCUCGGUGACGAUUCGAUUCAGGCCGCUGAGUGAGAGGGAGUACCAGAGAGGAGAUGAGAUCGCCUGGUACGCCGAUGGUGAUAAGAUUGUCAGGAACGAGUACAACCCGGCCGCGGCAUAUGCAUUCGAUAAGGUAUUCGGACCCCAUACAGCCUCUCAGGAGGUGUAUGAAGUUGCUGCCAAACCUGUGGUGAAGGCUGCAAUGGAAGGUGUUAAUGGAACUGUUUUCGCUUAUGGUGUUACAAGUAGUGGGAAGACGCAUACUAUGCAUGGGGAUCAACAUUCUCCAGGUGUUAUACCAUUGGCCAUAAAAGAUGUCUUCAGCAUAAUCCAGGAUACACCUGGAAGAGAAUUUUUACUCCGAGUAUCAUAUCUUGAAAUCUACAAUGAGGUGAUAAAUGAUUUAUUAGAUCCAACGGGUCAAAACUUGCGCGUCAGAGAAGAUGCACAGGGCACCUAUGUUGAGGGAAUUAAAGAAGAGGUUGUUUUGUCUCCAGGGCAUGCUCUUUCUUUUAUUGCUGCUGGAGAGGAGCAUCGUCAUGUUGGAUCUAAUAAUUUCAAUCUUUUAAGUAGCAGAAGUCACACCAUAUUUACACUGAUGAUUGAAAGCAGUGCCCAUGGAGAUGAAUAUGAUGGAGUAAUCUUCUCUCAGCUGAAUUUGAUUGAUCUAGCUGGUUCUGAGAGCUCCAAGACAGAAACUACAGGAUUGAGGAGAAAGGAAGGAUCUUACAUAAACAAAAGUCUUCUGACACUUGGGACAGUCAUUGGAAAAUUGAGUGAGGGAAAAGCAUCUCAUGUUCCAUAUCGAGAUUCUAAGCUUACUCGCCUUCUGCAAUCUUCACUGGGCGGGCAUGGACAUGUUUCGCUAAUUUGUACUGUUACUCCUGCAUCUAGUAAUAUGGAGGAAACCCAUAACACACUAAAAUUUGCAAGUAGGGCGAAAAGAGUGGAGAUUUAUGCUUCGCGCAAUAAGAUCAUCGAUGAGAAAUCAUUAAUCAAAAAGUAUCAACGAGAAAUUUCAACCCUUAAACACGAGCUCGAUCAGCUGAGGAGGGGCAUGCUUGUGGGGGUGAACCAUGAGGAGCUUAUCACCUUAAAGCAACAGUUGGAAGAAGGUCAAGUGAAGUUGCAAUCAAGAUUGGAGGAGGAAGAAGAAGCCAAGGCUGCUCUUAUGAGUAGAAUCCAGAGGCUAACAAAGUUAAUUCUUGUUUCUUCCAAGAAUGCAAUUCCUGGAUGUUUGAGUGAUAUUCCUAAUCACCAAAGAAGUCAUUCUACAGGAGUGGAAGAGAAAACGGAUGUGCUGCCCUUGCUUGUGGACGGUGAGAAUCAGAAAGACUUAAGUGCCUCGGUCAAUUCAUCAGAUGAUCAAAAGCACAAAAGAUCCUCUAGCAAAUGGAGUGAAGAUUUCUCACCUGCUGGCAGUGUUGUUACUGAAUUGACUCAAGCUGGUGAACUUAUUAGUGGUUCUAAGCUGGCAGUGGGAGCAAUCUCUAUGUCAGAUCAGAUGGAUCUUCUAGUUGAGCAAGUUAAGAUGCUUGCUGGGGAAAUUGCCUUUAGCACUAGCACACUGAAGCGCCUGGUGGAACAGUCAGUCAAUGAUCCUGAAAGUUCAAAAACCCAGAUCGAGAACUUGGAGCGUGAGAUCCAAGAAAAGCAGAAGCAGAUGAGGAUGUUGGAACAGCGUAUUAUUGAAAGUGGUGAGAAUGUAUCAUUGGUUGAAAUGCAGCAGACAGUGAUGAAGUUGAUGGCUCAGUGCAAUGAAAACGGUUUUGAGUUGGAGAUUAAGUCAGCAGACAAUCGUAUUCUGCAAGAACAAUUGCAGACUAAGUGUGCAGAGAACAAAGAGCUGCAGGAAAAAGUUAAUGCAUUGGAGCAGCAGUUGGCUUCGGUUGGUGGCGACAAGUCCUCCAUACAUGGUGAACUAAAUGUGUCUGAUGAAUAUGUUGAUGGCUUGAGAAAGAAAGUACAGGCACAGGAGAUUGAGAAUGAGAAACUAAAGCUGGAACAUGUUCAGCUUUCUGAGGAGAACAGCGGGUUACGAGUCCAAAAUCAGAAAUUGGCUGAAGAGGCUUCUUAUGCGAAAGAGCUUGCCUCUGCUGCUGCUGUCGAGCUCAAGAACUUGGCUAGUGAAGUUACAAAGCUUUCUGUGCAGAACUCAAAAUUAGAGAAAGAACUCAUCGCUGCUCGAGAGUUAGCAGCUUCCAGAUCUAAUGGAUUCAAUCGCAAGUUCAGUGAUGGAGCCAGAGGUGGAAGGAAAGGUCGUCUAGUUGGUCGUGCAUCGGAUGACUUUGAUGCUUGGAAUCUUGACCCUGAUGACCUUAAAAUGGAACUGCAAGUGAGAAAGCAGCGGGAGGCAGCACUAGAGGCUGCCCUAGCUGAGAAGGAAUUUUUAGAGGAUGAAUACAGGAAGAAGGUUGAAGAGGCAAAGAGAAGAGAAGAAGCUUUGGAGAAUGAUUUAGCAAACAUGUGGGUGCUUGUAGCUAAGUUAAAGAAGGAAGGCGGAGGGGUUCCUGAGGUGAACCAAGAGGAGAGGUGUAGCGAUGCAGCAAAUCAUAUCUCUGACAAUAAGUCGGGUGAGAUCGAUAGCAAUGGUGUCCUCAAGGAGAGGCAAAUUUCUGAUUUGUCAAAACCUGCAGAGGAAAGUGUCAGGGAAGAGCCUCUUGUAGUUCGGCUGAAGGCCCGCAUGCAAGAAAUGAAAGAGAAAGAACUCAAGUUCUUGGGAAAUGGAGAUGGUAAUUCCCACAUGUGUAAAGUAUGUUUUGAAUCACCAACUGCUGCUAUCUUGCUGCCCUGUCGGCAUUUUUGUUUGUGUAAAUCUUGCUCACUGGCUUGUUCCGAAUGUCCAAUUUGUCGUACAAAGAUUGGGGAUAGGCUUUUUGCAUUUGCUUCAUGAGUCCACCACUGAAUCCUUCUACAGGGUGGCAAGUGCUAUUCUUUUAUUAGUUUGCUUCUAUGUAGAUCCUCUUCCAAAUUGUGUUAUCAGCUUCACUUUUCCCAGUCUUUUUCCUUAAGGCUGUAAAAAUAAGAACAGAAGAGGCUGGGAAAAGGAUGAAGAAUGAUUAAAUAUUCUAAAGGAGAAACGAAGUACAGUGCCGAAGUUUUCAGAUUCGUGUUGCAGCCGAAUUGUGUGAUAUGUCGUCGGCCUGAAGUUUCUCGACGACAUGUAUACAAACAAUGUAAGCCUUUGUAAGAAAUAUUGUUUCCUCUUUUGAAAUGCAGAUUCAGUGUCUAUGUGUUUCAGUAAUC